AUGCCCAUGAGCUGCGUGCCACCGAUACGAGUGACCCUUCGUCGACGAAUACCGCGUGCACACCUGAAGCUGACCAAGACAGCGACUCAAGUCGUGAUCGAUGCUGAGCUGGCCUACGCAUGCCUCAAAACUGUCCCCAAUCACCAGGAACCAGCCUCGCGUCUCCUGAGCUCCUUACGAACAUAUCUGGAAUUCCAGAGCACUAAGGAAUACUUGCGUGACCCGCCGUCGGGAUAUCUCUUCUCCGGAGUGGACCUUGAUGCCGGUCUAGAUGAUAUUCUGGAGAAGGUGAAAGGAGGACGGUACGACAGCGAGUAUGAUAUGCAGGCCGACAUAGUCGGAUUGCUGGCCGCAGCGCACGAUGGCAACCUCUACUGGUCUGGGGAUCUGAUGGGGACGUUUACAUUCACGAGGUCUGAAAAUCUGGUCAUGGUCUCUUCGGACGGAGAACAGACACCUCAGAUGUACAUUUCCAGUGAUCUUAUCCGCGACAACAUACAGGGGAACGUUGUUCCUGUCACCGGAUACACCCCAUCGCCCGUUGAAAGCAUCGAUAGUGUGGACGUUGUUUCCUUUUUGUUAUCUCAAUCUCUGACGGCACCGUUUAAUGACCCCGAUGCACAGUGGAACGGACUGCUUGGGGGUCCAUUCCGCUCGGGCACUUUCGCUUCUCCGAGUUCCUAUUCAGGAUCUUCAACUAACGUGACAUUUUUGAACGGGACCACACGCGAGUAUAGGAAUAUCGCAGUUGUGAAUGUCGCCCUGGAUGGGGUGUCUAUUGGAGAUGAUGCCUACAAUGCUUUCUGUCCACGCGCUCAGGACACAGCGAUAGCUUCUGGCAGUGUUCGCAAGGCUGUCUCAUCCUCUACAGAAAGCGGGGUUCCCUCGAGUUCGCCUACUAUUCUCGGUCAUGCUCAGCCCGUGAUCAAGCACGGUGCGGAUUCAGUCGCUGGAUAUUACCUUGAUGAGCCCGGGCUGACUGACAUUGCGAUACUGCGAGUCAACGACUUCAGACCUCGGUUCGAUACUCCAGCAGGCUACGAGAAAGAAUUUCAGACUGUAGUGCAGAAGUUUUUUGAUGCGGCUGUGCGGACUGGGAAGCGGAGGUUGAUCUUGGACCUUCAAGGAAACCUAGGUGGCUUUGUUGAUCUCGGCACCGAUUUGUUUACGCAGCUCUUUCCAUCAACUCCGCCAAACAGCAAGUCGAACAUGCGAGAUCACUUGGGUCUCUGGGCACUUGCAAAUGUUGCCUCACUGGAUGUCAGCGCUGCAGAGUUGACGGCCGACACAGACAACGAACAUGAUGCGAAAACGACGUAUGUGCCGCUGGCAUUCCAAACCAUAGUUGAUCCGCAGUUUCACAAUUUUGCUGAUCUCCAAUCGUUCUAUGGCCCGCAACCGUUGCACGGCGGCCAAUUUACGUCCUUUUUCCAGAACAACUACACUGAUCCAGUGUCCUCUGACUAUCAUGGACAAGGGCUUGUCGUCACAGGGACAAACAACAGAACUGGAUUCCGACAACCCUUUGCACCACAUGAUAUUGUGGUGCUCACCGAUGGCCUUUGUGCGGGAACUUGCACGGUGUUUUCCGAGUUGCUGAAAACUUAUGGCCAUGUCCAGUUCAUAGUCAUUGGGGGCCGGCCACAGCAAGGCCCGAUGCAAGCCAUUGGCGGUGUCAAGGGCGCUCAAGGAUUCGACCAGGAGGUGCUCGCGAGCUGGGUCGACCUGUUCCACAGUCCGCAAAACAUGUUUUUGAACCAAGCCAACGGCACGAUUUGGGAAAACUUCACGACCGAACUGAUUUCGCGAGCGAACGGCGUGGGAGUCAAUGGACGCAAUCAUUUCCGCAUGGGCGACGACACGCAAACACCUCUCCAAUUUGUAUACGAAGCAGCAGACUGUCGAAUGUGGUGGACCCAUGAAAUGCUGUAUGACCCUUCAUUUCUUUGGGCGCGUGUGGCCAGGAUGGCCUUCAAAGAUCGACGGGGCACACAAUUCAAUUCCAGGUACUGCGUGACAGGCAGCACGGGGCAUGCUACCAGUAUAUCUGGCGGCUGGAAAAAGGGUACCCUUGGACCCCAGGACCCGCCGCCAAAGGCGAAAGCUACGAUCAAAGGGUGGAAGCUGGACGGGAGACCGCUGGGGUCGGAAGUGAACGCGGCCAAAGCCGAGCUGUGA